AAAAAUUACGUUUUGAGAGUGAUAAAAAAAAAUAGAGUCUACAUAAUCGUAUAACGAUUGAUUCGGUUACCGUUACAAAUGGCAAAUUAAAAAAAGUUUAGGUUACAUUUUUUUGAUGACUCUUCUAAAUCUGGAUUUGUUCCCAAUACCAUAAAAUCAAAAUCAAAAAUAAUUUUCUCUCUCCUCCAUUUCUGGUUCUAAUCAAAUCAAAUAAAAAUGGGGGCAUACAGAGCCGACGAUGAUUACGAUUAUCUAUUCAAAGUGGUUUUGAUUGGUGAUUCAGGUGUUGGUAAAUCUAACCUUCUUUCUAGAUUCACCAAAAACGAAUUCAGCCUCGAAUCUAAAUCCACCAUUGGCGUUGAAUUCGCUACUAGAAGCAUUCAUGUUGAUGAUAAGGUUGUUAAAGCUCAGAUUUGGGAUACUGCCGGUCAAGAAAGGUACCGAGCAAUUACAAGUGCUUACUAUCGUGGAGCUGUUGGCGCUUUGUUAGUCUAUGAUGUUACCCGCCAUGUUACAUUUGAAAAUGUGGAGAGAUGGCUAAAAGAGCUGAGAGAUCACACAGAUGCCAACAUCGUCGUGAUGCUUGUAGGCAACAAAGCAGACCUGCGUCAUUUACGAGCAGUUUCGACCGAAGAUGCUACAAGUUUUUCUGAACGGGAGAAUACAUAUUUUAUGGAGACAUCUGCCCUUGAGUCCUUGAACGUUGAAAGUGCUUUCACCGAAGUGUUGACGCAGAUCUAUCGUGUGGUAAGCAAAAAGGCCCUUGAGAUUGGUGAUGAUCCGGCUGCUUUACCUAAGGGACAGACGAUUAAUGUUGGGUCCCGUGAUGAUGUAUCGGCUGUGAAGAAAGCUGGAUGUUGUUCUGCUUGAGUAUGUUGUAGAAGUGUAUUUUUUUCUCUGAAAUUUAUGCCCUGUUUAUACCAUUUAGAGAUUGAACUGACAGCAUGAAGAUGAUUGUUUAGAGAGCAUCAAACUGUGAAGUUUCUGCUUUGGUCUGUAGAGAAUUCUGUUCAAUGUUAGCCAAAUGUUUAGGAAACAUGCACAUUUAUUUUGCGUAAUUUAUAAUUUGUGCCGUUUUAAGAUAUUCAUUCAUUCAUCUUAUUUAAAAAA